UUGAUCAUUGGCUUCUCUGCUGGGCAAAUACAGCUGAUUGAUCCCUUCCAAAAGGAAUUACAAGUGAGUCGAUUAUACAAUGAAGACAGGCUGGUCGACGGCACGGCGGUCACGUGCCUGAAAUGGGUCCCCGGUCAACCGCAGUGUUUUUUAGCGGCUCAUGCUAGUGGCAAUGCAUAUCUCUAUAACGAAGAAUUAUCCUGCAACGCAACGCCUCCUGUCUACCAAAUAUUUAAACAG